UGCCGCGGGGAGCCAGUAGCCGACGGUGAGAGCGGUGUGCAACAGUGUAGCCAUAAUUCGGGCUACGUGCAGCGGGUAGACUGGCACCGUCGGUGCCGGGAAGAUGUGCCGCGCGCGUCUCAUGCGUGAAUGAAUCGAUAAGGAUAAAGGGCGCAGGGAAACGGGAGCUUCACAUUCGGUGGCGUGCACAAACCAGCGGCGUCUCUCUCUCUCUCUCUCUCUCGUGCUCCUCUGGAAACAAAGCGAGACGAGCCGAAUGCGGAUUUCACUUUUUUUUUCCUACGGCUUCGUGCGUGUAGGUGGUGGCAUCACCGGCUGUCGCACUGUUGAUAAAACACGCCUUUAUAUAUAUGUAUAUUUUUUUUUUUAAAAACCCCACAACACACCGCAUGUCUCGUUUUAAUGUGUCGGCUAGGACGAGUGGGCGAACUCCCUUUUCCGUCAGCGACAUGCGGCGUUUGGAGGACUGAGGCUCGACGGGAGACGGAAGCAGGGUCCCGCAACCAUGAAGAAGCCGUCCCGGUGCAUUGAGCUGGGAACACCUGCAUCCACAGCAUCAUGUUCAGAGUGAGCUCACCAGCAACAAUGCUUGCUCAACCUGGGGAAGAAUGUUUCACUCCGCUACUGUCCCCCUUUCAGAGGCAAGGGGCAUUAAAACCAGUCUCUGCUGCCUCUUUACGGGGCUGCUAAACCUUUCUGAGAGGCUGGCGAUGGAGAACAUCUCCAUGGCGAACAGUUCCCUGGGCUCCACUUUGCCCCUGGAGCCGGUCACGCUGACAGCAGAGGCCCCGGAGAGUCUGUAUGGUGUCGGCCUGCCUCUGCAGAUCUUCUUUUGCUUUGUCAUGGUUGUCAUCCUGCUGGUGGCCUUGCUGGGAAACGUGGUGGUGUGCCUGAUGGUGUACCAGAGAUCUGCCAUGCGCUCCGCCAUCAACAUCCUCCUGGCAAGCCUGGCAUUUGCAGACAUGAUGCUGGCCAUCCUGAACAUGCCCUUUGCUCUGGUUACCGUCGUGACCACCAACUGGAUUUUUGGAGACCUUUUCUGUCGCGUGUCGGCCAUGCUCUUUUGGUUCUUUGUGAUGGAAGGCGUGGCUGUACUGCUUAUAAUAAGCAUAGAUCGUUUUCUCAUCAUUGUCCAGAAGCAAGAUAAGCUGAGCCCACAGAGAGCUAAAGUGCUUAUAGUGGUCACAUGGGGACUGUCUUUCCUUUUCUCUUUCCCCCUGGCUGUUGGUUCCCCUCCACUACAGAUCCCUCCGAGGGCCCCUCAGUGUGUAUUUGGAUACAGCAUUGAGCCUGGCUACCAUGCCUAUGUAUUGAUCCUAAUGCUAGUCUUCUUCUUCAUUCCUUUCAUGGUCAUGCUGUACACAUUCAUGGGGAUCCUGAAUACCAUCCGCCACAAUGCCAUCCGUAUCCACAGCCACCCAGACAGCAUCUGUCUGAGCCAGGCCAGCAAACUGGGUCUGCUGAGCCUCCAGAGGCCCUUCCAAAUGAACAUAGACAUGAGCUUCAAGACCCGUGCCUUCACCACCAUCCUCAUCCUCUUCUCUGUGUUUACAGUGUGCUGGGCACCCUUCACUGCCUACAGUCUGGUGACUACCUUUAGCGAUGGGUUCUACCAUAAAGACAGCUUUUUUCAAGUCAGCACAUGGGUCCUGUGGUUGUGCUACCUCAAGUCAGCCCUUAACCCUCUCAUUUACUACUGGCGGAUCAAGAAGUUCCGCGAUGCCUGCCUUGAUCUGAUGCCCAAGUACUUCAAGUUUCUUCCUCAGCUGCCAGGAAACACGAAGAGGCGCAUACAGCCGAGCGCUGUGUAUGUGUGUGGAGAGCAUCGCUCUGUGGUUUAAUGUGAAAUCCAUCCCCCAAACACUUACUACUGUUAAAGCACAUUUAUACAUACUGUAUUUUGCAGUUGCUUAUAGCAGAUGUACAGACUGACAGUAGAACUGCAUUAGUUACGGCUUGGGGCAGCUUUAACCUGGGUGUGUUGCUACAGGGAUCAGUUUGACGAUUAAGUCCAGAAAUUCCUGAUUGAGUCAAACAUCCAUGAGUUGUAAGGGUUGUCAGAUGCCAAAACACUGUACAGUGAUUAUACUAGAAGACACGAUUUCUAACUUUGUAAUAGGACUGUUCAAAAUUGGUCGAAAUCAAUUCUGUUAGAAUAGCUGAGUUUAGGAACAGAUAUGUUUUCAUUUGGCAAAAGAAGCCAGUGUCUGCAAAUAUUUUAUCUAAACCAGGAACUAUCUCAGCUUAAGGUUUACUUCCUAGCCUUUUCUGGACCUUUUAGUGUAUCCGAUGGCCAACAUGCAUUAUGCUAUUCUCAUUACAGAGUUGGCGUGCCAGCCUGUGUGUGCUAUGCAUUUGAUUGGCCGGAUGAUGCGUUGUUUUGUAGCAAAAGUUUCGUGGUUCUACUUUUUGUUGGAUGACCUAGAUUUUUUGGGGGGGCUAGAACCCUCAUAGGAACCCCAACUAUGUUUAAUGCAGUGCUAAUUUCACUCUGACGUACCAUUUUGCACUGAGGUUCAAAAACUGUCAGGGUGCAUGUUAAAAUUCUCAAUAGGUCAUGGAAUCUAGCAGGUCAAAGGCAACUGGACUCGUGAUGUGCAAUUUACUUUUAUGGCCAAUCAAAGAGGCUUCAGGACCUGGUAAGUCUAAAAUAGCAGACCAAACAAGUACAUUCGUCUUUGAUUUAGUACUUGUACAUCGACAACCGAACCGUACAGGGUAAUGUACAUUGCAGAAGAGGCAGAGCCACUCCUCUCCAUCAACAGCAUCAGUAAUCUUCAAUUAAAUCUUUAAUAAUAGGGCUGGGUAUUUUAAGUUUUCUGAUAACAAGUGCCAAUACGAUACCUGAGUCAAAGCAGUGCAAGCUCUCAAAUGUUAAACACACGCGGCCAUUCAAGAUUUUUGCCUUUUGCCUGAAUCUGGUCAAAGAAUGAAAUGAUAAAUCAAUUAUUGACACUUCUUGACUGUUGUUAAUAAUUUGUUCUACUAGCACGUUUAGUUUAAAGCCCCAGUGUGUAAUUUUCUGGCGGAAUGUGGUGGUAAAGUUGCAAACCGCAACCCACUGAACAACGGACAGGGGACACUUUAUGGUGGCGCAUCUCUGAUUCAAUUUCCAGUUUCUGGCGGUGCUGAAAAUUCAACGCAAAUGUGCGUAUUCUAAAUAUUACACACUGUAGCUUUAAGUGGAAUACCCAGCCCUACUCGAUUACUUGGUAGACCAAAAUGCAGUACAGCUAAAUUAUUUUCUGUGGCUCUUUUUGCACCUACUCACAAAACGCACUUGGUUUCUGAGGGUGAUACUGGGCAAUGAAAUAAAGCUUUAAGUGAAGUUGUCAACUGAAGGAAACCAUUACAUAAAUGCUGAAAUGCACUGAAUGGCACAUACCAUGUAAGAGUUUCAACAGAUGAAUUUGAACUUUAAUGAUGAGCUAAGAAUCCAGGCACCAUUGGGUUUGACUUGAUCGCAUCUCCUUCCUUUCCACUGACAUCGAGAGUCGUGGCGAAAGGACAGUGUGUUUUAGCUGUGUACAAGAUGUUUUACAAGGCAUGUAAAUUUACAGCUUAAAUGGAGUUUAAAUGUGGUCAGAAAGUGGCCAUGACACAUUUGAACAUGUUUGAAUUUUAAUGUUUUGGAUGUGCCUAUUGAUUAGUCAACUUGCCAGUCAGAAUGCUGCUAUUAUCUGGUGAAAAUGUGCAAUAUGUGUACUGUACUGUUGAAUGUAAUAAAGAAAUAGACAUUUCUUACCUUGGUAA